AUGCUGUCCAUCAUCAGCCCCAAGUUGACCAGAUUCAUUCAAGUCAGAGGUAAAAGAGCUGCUGCUGUCAGUAAAUAUUUUCGUGACAUGGUGGCGCACACAGUUGCUUAUAGGGAGAAAAAUAACAUUACUAGGAAAGAUUUCAUGGACCUUCUGAUACAACUCAAGAACAGAGGAUACCUCGACGGUGAAAAGAUUGAGAUUGGAGACAGUACUAACAAAGAAGUUUCGCAAAUGGAGACCCUGAAGGAGUAUCCACCAGUGCCCCUCUUGAACCGGGAACCCAAGAAGGAGUACAAGAUUCCAAAUAGCGACAUCGUGCUGGAGAAAGGAACCCCGAUCUCCAUCUCGGUGCUGGGUCUCCAUCGUGAUCCCAAGUACUACCCGGACCCCGACCACUUCGACCCUGAGAGGUUCUCCGAAGAACAGAAGGCCCAGAGACAGCCUUACGUCUACCUACCAUUCGGAGACGGACCACGCAACUAUAUAGGUAUGAGACUUGGUCUGCUGCAGGUAAAGGUUGGACUGGUGUGUCUGCUGUCCAAAUACAACGUGCGGCCCACAGAGAAGACGCGAGAAACCUUGGAGUACAACGCCAGGACUAUAAUACUGAUACCUAACGGCGGCAUCCAACUCCGGUUGGAGAAGAGGUGUAGUUGA